CCGCUGAUUAGAAAACCGGCUUUACUGAGGAGAUACGCAUAACGAUCGGCCGAUCGUGAUCGGAGCACCUCUACUGGAUAUUCAUAUGUCAUCUGAGGAGCCCGAAAACAUCUGGAAAAAAAGUAUAGAUGUUAUUCGGAGGAAAGGCUGUGGGAAAGGAGAGCCCAAAACUUUGCUAGAAAAGCUGCGCUGGGUGACACUGGGUUAUCACUAUGAUUGGAACUCCAAGACUUACUCUCCAGACCACUUCACUCCAUUCCCUGAAGAACUUCACUCACUUUCUCACAAAGUGGCGGCAGCCUGUGGCUUUCCUGGCUUUAACGCAGAGGCGGGCAUUCUCAACUACUACCGAUCUGAUUCGUCGCUUGGAAUCCAUAUUGAUGAAUCGAAGCUUGACCAUACCCGACCUUUGUUAUCUUUCAGUUUUGGGCAGACUGCUGUAUUCCUUUUGUGCGGGACUAAGAGGGAAGACCGUCCCACAGCCAUGUUCAUGAACAGCGGUGACAUAAUGGUGAUGUCAGGUCCCAGCCGCCUUCUUUAUCACGCAGUACCCUGCAUCAUCUCCGCCCCGGCUGGAAACAUGCUGCCACCCUGCCUGGGCCAGAGACUAGAGACGGAGGCGCAGGACGAUGACAUCAUCCAAAGUGUGUCCGAAGAGGAUUGGGAUGUUUGCUCCUGGUACAUGCAGACGUCUCGGGUAAAUGUGACCGUUCGACAAGUACUUGCUUCUGGGCAGACCUUCCCAAGUUCACAGGCAUCACAUUUGUCAACAGACAGCUGUGAGAAAUCAGAGAAAGGAACUCCAAAAAAUAAGAAGAGGAAAAGCAAACCAGGCUAUGAGCUUGACACCUAAUGUGCCUGUUCCGAAUGUCAUCCAAGUUUUAUUUAUGUAAAAUGCAUCUGGUAUUAAAGAUUGGACAUAUGACUGCAA